AGCUCAUUCAAACAGGUGGUAAGCGAUUUCAGGUGGAGCUGACGGGGACGCACUUCAUUUCACUGAGCCUCCGUAGCUGCAUCUGCACGAGCGUUGAAUAACGACCACUCGGACAUCUAUGUUUAUUUAUCGUUUUAUUUAAGCUGUUGCUUUUAAUGCAACGACGACGUUUUUGGACUAAAAAGGACAGUUUCUGUUUAUUAGCCUGCAAGCUUCAGCAUACAGGUGGGCGAAAGCCGUUUGUAGGACGGCCCCCUCUUUCAGUUCCUCAAUAGGGCAGACGUGGGACUGUCAUUUAUUUGUCAUCCUUUGGGACAGAGGAAACGGCUCGCGCUCAGUUAACAGGUGCGACGAUUGAUAAAUACACCAGCGUUCGUUCGCGUUAUUGCGAUACGCAUUCGUUUUCAUUUAUUUUUAUUUAUUCCCGUGGACAAUUUAGAGCUAUAUCUAUAUAUCUCGCUCAAAAAGAGCAUUUCCCCCGAAUCCUCUUUCUAUUCGAAACGAGGGAGGUUUUUCCAGACAACAAUGUCCACCAAAAAGCGCAUGGAUUUAACGAAACGGAGCCGAAGCCCCGCGGUGUCCGAGGGCGAAAUGUUUGGCGAUUUUCAAGAGUGGUGCCUGCGCACUUACGGCGACUCCGGCAAGACAAAGACCGUCACCCGGCGAAAAUACAACAAAAUCCUCCAGACCCUCUUACAGAGCGACGACCCGGAGGUCGUUUAUAUCGAGAGCAACCACAUCAACGCCAAAUUCAAGUUCUGGGUUAAAUCCAAAGGUUUCCAGGUGGGCAGCACUGGCGGCGAGCGGAACGAGACCGGAUCAGCUGACAGACCGGUCCUGUACGUCCCCAUCAAGGCAACGUGUGUGGAUGGAGGUUUGGGGCAGGAGAGCUCUCUGAAGAGGGUUGCUGUGGUGGAGGAUUUCUAUGACAUCAUCUACGCCAUGCACGUAGAGAUCGGGUCCGAUCCGGCCAAAGCACCCAAACAUGCGGGACAGAAGAAAACAUAUAAAGCCAUAGCAGAGACGUAUGCGUUCCUGCCCAGAGAGGCGGUGACCCGUUUCCUGAUGAGCUGUGGAGAGUGCCAGAAGAGGAUGCACAUCAGCCCCAGCGGAGCAGAGUUCAAAGAGAACAAUCAACCAACCCAUCUGACCGCAGACCUUAUAGACUACAACAUGCCACUGACGACAACCUACCUGAAACAGAAGAAACUGCAAUGCAUGAACAGGAACGAGCAGGAUGAGUGUUCAGUGAGUAGCGAGGAGUUUGAUAUGAGUGACCCCACAUGGAUAUCAGCUGAACGUCACUCUGCACUGUCUGACCUGAGCCACCCGUCCAGCACAGAGAGGAUGCACAGCCCGCAAAACACACACAAGGACGAGGACGAUGAUUCAUCUUCUGAAAGUGGCAGUGGCAAUGGAUUGCACACAUUGACUCCUCCUUCCGUAGGCGUGGCCGGUGCAAGUGACAGUACAGGGACAGGACCUGGAUCAGGCUUGUACAGCGAGGUUAACGGAAACGGUGCCGCGGCACCAAUUGACUUCAGCACGACUUCUUCAUCUUCUUCCUCAGAGGACCAGCAAGCGGUGAACCUUGGCGAGAGACUCAGUCAGGCCCUGCCUACUGCUGCAGCCAUGCUGGCGACCUUUAAGUCCGAGCAUACAGACGAGCUACGCAGAAAAUACCCCAAAUCAUCAGAGCUGCGCCUUGACCGAGAUGUCAGGGAUUAUAACAACAAGUCUCCACAAUACAGUUCAGGGAGUUAUGAUUCAAUAAAGAUGGAGAUAUGCGCCGAAGAUCUGACUGUCGGUCGGUCUCAGGCGGCCGACGAUGACGACGAUGACCAUGAUGACCAUGAUGAUAGUGAUAAGAUAAAUGAUGUGGAAGGAGUUGACCCAGAGAGGCUGAAGGCCUUUAAUAUGUUUGUACGUCUGUUUGUGGAUGAGAAUCUGGACCGCAUGGUGCCGAUCUCCAAACAGCCUAAAGAAAAGAUCCAAGCCAUUAUUGAAUCGUGCAGCCGGCAGUUCCCGGAGUUCCAGGAGCGUGCUCGCAAGCGAAUCCGCACCUACCUCAAAUCCUGCCGCCGUAUGAAGAAAAACGGCAUGGAGACUCGACCCACGCCGCCCCACCUGACCUCAGCAAUGGCUGAAAACAUUCUCGCAGCCGCCUGCGAGAGCGAAUCACGCAAAGCUGCCAAAAGAAUGCGCAUGGACGUCUACCAGGCACACGAGGAAGCGAUCGAUAAGCCUGUCUCCCGUGAGCCGAUUUCGCUGGCCCACUCUGCAUACUCACUUGCAGCCUCAGCCUACUCCCAGGACCAACUAUACAUUAAUGGAGGGUUGAACUACAGUUACCGUGGUUACGGUGGACUGUGCGGCAGCAUUCAACAUCCUGUAUCGCUUACAACAGCUACUGCCCAGACCAACGGCCCUACUGAUCUCAGUAUGAAGUCUCUGGCCUCCAGCUCAUCCUCGUCAAGCUCCAGUAGUCUCGGGAGGAACGGAGGAGGGGGCGGGACUUCAGCACAGCUCAGCCACACAGAGGUAGCGGCGGUGCGACAGCUGAUCGCAGGAUACCGCGAAUCCGCUGCGUUCCUGCUCCGAUCGGCAGACGAGCUGGAGAACCUCAUACUACAACAGAACUGAACUGGUCGCUCUCUCUCCUCAAGGCCCUUUAUCUCUCUCUCUAUCACAUUUAUUCAUUGUCCCUCUGGGUACACAUGUGGAGCGUACAUCAUCAUCAUCAUUAUUAUCAGAUGUUUCUGAUCACCAAGGAAGACCAUCUGGUUUUUUAACUUAGAUAGAGAGAACAAACAAAAGGAGCAAAAAGAGAUGAAGGAGAGAAGAUGCAGAGGUAUGGAAAUGGGAAAAGGAGCUCUUAAGGACAAAGCAUUGCAGCUUUAUCGAGGAGAAGGUUGUGAUUGGACGGUUUUAUGUGUCUUCAUAUCGAUUCAUGCCUUUUCCACAGUCUCCCUCCAUUAAUUUCAAGCUCCGCCUCCCUGCUCCUCUGAGAGCCAUUGAUUUCUAAUGCUCUUUGUCCUUUGCUAUUUCAAAGGAGGUACUACGGCACACCAAUCCUCCAGAUGGCACUAACUAAAUGAAGAUGCUUUUGAUUUUGAGGUGUAAUGAAAAGAAGGAAAAAAAGAAAUGAAGAAAAUUGAGAGACCUUCGCUGUAAAUAAGCACCCUCUGUGUCCUGAAGCACUUUUCCAUUUGUUCUGACCUCUGAAACAUGUAACUUAUGCAUAUAGAUAUGCAGGUGGAUGCUCACCUGGAAAUACCUCAGCCUGUCUGUCCUGCUCUUUCUUUUUCCCAGUAGUCUGUAUGGGGGAGAGGAAAAUGAUCACCUAUCCAUCCUUAACCUCACGGUCCACUGCGUCUCAGCAUCCUGAGAUUUAGGCAUUGAAAGCAGAGAGUGGGAUUAAUUUGUUUUUAUUAUUUCUAACAUUUCCUUUUUCCAAGCUAAUAUAUCUAAAUUUCCUAAACAUUUUUUACACAAAAUAUAUCUUUAAUUAAAGAUAUGAUCUCUGCUCUUAGGUUAAUAUUUAAAAGAUGUAUAAUUUACAGGAAAACAAGCAGAAUUAUGGAUUAUUUUAAUUUUGACGCAAAUGUUUUGUAUAUAUUUCUCUCCUUUUCAAGGUAUUGAUCUUGUAAAUGCACUGCACUGGAAAUGGCGUAUUGGACAGAAUGAAGUGUUCUGAUGAGGUUGAGAUAUAAUCGACUGGGUUUCCUAAUCCAUUUGAACCUGUCAUGCGUACAGGUGCCAACUCCACACUCCAUUUCCUCUCUCUACGGGUCACUCCUGUUCCCCUCGUUUCUAUACUGUGCCCUUCUAUUUCUUUUUUACACCCUCUGCUCCUCCACCUCAUUGUAUUUCGGAGGAAACAGAGAGGAAAGAUUUGAAAUUGAAGCUGUUUUUGGCCAUUGAUUCACUCUGCUGCUAUGGACUCAGUUGUAACACCACAGACCUGAAACCUCAAGCCUACCGACACAACCAGAGCACCUCAAGACGAAACCUACCAAGGCAAAAAAAAAAAGAAAAACCCCGUUAGACAAAACAGACAGAAAUGGGAAGCCAAGAAAGAUAAAAACUGCUGUGUUUGUUUAAGCGUUGUGCAUUAUGGUUGCAGGUAUUUGUUUAAGACCGAGGGCUGCUUUUGUUUGCUUUGCAGGCUUUUUUGUCUAACUUGUUUGUUUUAGUAUAAGUGCUUCAGAAAAUCUGAAAAUCUUUGGCACACGAGCUUGACGCAUACACACAGGCACUCUUAAGGGCAUCUCUGAAUAUUUCGCAAAAUGAUUAUUUAGUUAAAGCGGUGUCAUUCAGGAGCCAGUGGAAAUGUCACUGUUAUUUGCUCCGUAUGCACACGGAGGCAGCGCUGAUCUUGGAGCUAUUGCACUGCUAGUGGGGGAUGGAGAACAAUAUCGCAAUGCAGAUGAUAAUCAAAAGCAUUCCUGGCCCUAAAGGAGAAAAACUAAUACACAGAGGCUAACAUAACCCCAACUGAGGAGCUUUCCGAAUCGUUUGACACACAUUUAACCCUACUUACAUACAUAAUGGGCAAGGUCAGUCGUGUGAUUGAAAGCUUUGAUGGAACGCUGUGUUUCGGGGAAAUUUUGAAUUGUGUGUGACCAGACAUGACACUGCCCUCUCAAGACAUAUUUUGACACACCGUCCAAAAGCAUGUCAGACGCGUUAAUGAUUUAUUGGAGCGAAGCGAAAUGUAAUGUAUUAUAUUUAUGAGAGCCCACAGCGUUCAGCCCUCUUGACUGAUGUAUGGAUUUCUGAUUAGAAUUAGAAGCUAUUGAUGUGAAGAAAUAUGCAAAAUUGUCAAUGCGAGGCAUCUCAUCACUGUGUUUAGCUUGUAGCGUGUCUGAGUUAUGGUCCUCUCUUUAUAGGGCAUCCAUGUCGCCCUCCUAUUGUUCACCUUUAUUUUUAGGAGAGAACGCAUUCGCAUGUUGUAGGGAAGCAAAUCUGCUGUGGUUCUGCUGGUUUGUCACAAAAACACGUCCAGGUCACAUUUCACCUCAAUAUAACAAUACAACGAUUACAUAUAAUUACAUAGCUAGAAAAUUGACAUUAUUUUCAUAACAGCUAAGCACAUUUCAACCCAAUCUCACACAUUCUCAUUACUGUAAUGUUAUGGUAAUGAGAAUGUAGAAGUGUUUUUACGGAUUUACAGUACAUAAAUGUAGUUAGCAUGAGCAUAAACACUGUUUUUGACAUUUAAAUGGUGCCAUUUAAUUAUUUUGAGAAAGAAACGAUAUUGUUUUGGACCUGGACAUGUAUCUUCUCUCAUGUCAUUGUCACAGGCAUAGUCGUAUAGAUAGUGAUGUCAUGUUAAAGAGCGAUAUGUCGAUCCCUGUUUUGUUUCUUCCUGACUCGGCCAUCUCUCUGUAUCCCAUUAAGGUCUGACAUGGGUACACUCUAAAAAAAUAUUGGUUUGUUUUAACCCAAAGUUGGGUUAAAUAUGGACAAACUUAACAGUUGGGUUAAUUUCAACCCAUAGUUGGGUAAAACCAAUCAAGAAUUUAAUCGAAUUGGGAACACUUAAAAAAAUUAAGUUUUGUCUUAAAAGUCAACACUUUUGCCUUAUUUAUUUAUUUUUUUAAUCAACUCAGAUUUACAAGUUAUUUCAACUUAUUUAUUUUUAAGAGAUGAGUUGCUACAACUUAAAUGAAGUUGAUAUAUUCAAUUAUAUUUUAUAAGUUAUAUCAACUCAUCUCUAGUCGAGAUAAAUAAUAUUAAGCUGAAAUUACUUAAAAAAUUGAAGGAAGCAAAUAGUGUAUAACCCAACAGUUGAGUUUGUCCAACUCCCAAUUUUACACAACUAUGGUUUGAAACAGCCAAGGAGUGUAUGAAUACCAAUGUCUGUUAAAUUGAUUGUCAAACAUUGUUAAAUAUACGCCAGCCUCACAUGCUCGUCUAUGGAUUUAUAAACGAUGUACGAUGGUUAAACGUUUGUGACUUUGGGACUAUUAAACGUAUCGGUGGAGAAGCCGAAAGCGAAUCGUUCAUGUGUUUGUAAUAGGCUUCUUCUCUCCAGUUCACUCAAGGACGGCUCCUUAACUACAAACUGUAAAACAAGGCAAUUGACAAUCUUGAAAAAGAUGUAACUAGUUCACCGUUUCGUUCUCAUGCUCUAUGUCCUGCGUGUUGUUGUACAAUACAGUGUGUCAAGAAGAGUGAGGGAUAUUUUAGCCAUAAUCAGAUCAUCUCUCACUCUCUGUCGAAACCUUUUUAUCUGAUUCCUAUUUUUAUUAGAAUUACUAUUAUUUUGUAAUUCUUUUUGUAUCGCAAAGUGGUCUUUUCAGAAAUGUUUUGUAACGAUACCAACAUCACAUGUAAAAGUUGUCCUGUAUGCCUAUACAUUCCAAACAAGGAUGUCAACAUGCCAGGCAGCUAGCCAAACCAAGGUCACAUCAGAUUGCAGAUGCAUCAAGGGCAACCUGCUUACUGUUUAAGUUAGCAACAGUAUUGGUUAAAUAAAUAACACCAUGGUUCCCUUUUGCGCCACAUAGUACUGUAUGGGCUUGGAUCAGUCUAAAAAAAUCAUAGCUAUGUUCCCACAAUAUGUUACUCUGGCAGCCAUCUAUAAAAUGUUUUAAUGUUGUCGUUGACAUGCAGUGGGCAGUGUAAACCAACAUUAGGAUUUUGGGAAAGUUCUUAUUCUUGUGUAGUCCCUGCAUUGUGCCUUUAAAAGGGCUGAACAGAAUUGAUUGUUUUUUUAUUCUUGUGUUUAUAGUUUUUGAUGGGUUAAAAUCUGCACCGCAUUUUACUGUGAUCUCAUGUACUAGUAAACAGACCAUCUGUCGUGUGUUAAAGACGCAUCAAAGUCAUUUUCUUAUUGUCUCGAACACUCUUUACUUUAAAACACAUACACAGAUGGUCAUACGGGUUCUGGCUUUGCAUUCAGGUGUGACGCUGGUUAUGGUUGCUGCUAAACUACACAAUAAAAGUGGUCUGGUUUGAUUAGAUGUAAAGCUCUGAAAAAGAAAAAAAAUGUAAAACAACUUGAUUUUUAUUUUUUUACCACAGUUCUGUACAGCUGCAUUCAAAUUAACGUGGU